AUGAUCGUAGUUCCGCCUUCGCCCAUUCCAUCAUCCACUACUAAGGCUUCAUCUGACUCGGCAGCAGGUCAAGGUUGGGGUCCUAGUGGCCAAGAAAAAGCUCUAGCUAAGACAGAGACUGUCACCGAUUCCGGUUGGAUGUCUCCUAGGUGGGUUGCCUGCUUCGAAAGAGAAGAAGAGGAAAGGAAGGCUCAACCGACGAUUCAUUCGAUGGGUAACGACGAAGAACCGGCCUUUGCCUUUGGGGCUCACGAAGAGAGGGCAUCAUCCUGUGCCACCAGUCCUACUCCGAGCACUGAGAUCGAACAAAGUAGGCAUUCUGACUCAACUGCCUCAGGGAAAGCUCCAGUCACUGAUGGGUGGUCGGCUGAUGGUUAUUUGUUUGCGGAUCGAGCAAAAGAGCAAGCGACAGCUGCAUCACGCAAUGAUGCCACCGAUCAAGCCACUCUGAACGAAACCGAUAGGCUAACUCAAGAGACCGAAUCCCUACCCGCUCGGACAGAUGCGCCGACUAGCGCAGAAGAGGAAGAAAGGAAAGAACGGAAAGAAGGAAGAACAGCUUAA